AUGGCCGAUAAAAGACGUAUAAACGGACCGUCUGGAGAUACACGACCACCAGUGUUUGCGUCAUCGCUCCUCGCUUCCAACAACCGACGCUCCAUAGCGCUCGAACGCCCUAUCCGUUCUAGAAAGCCAGAUGAGCUGAGAAAAAUAUUUCUGAAGACUGGUCUAAUUCCAUCCGCCUCCGGGUCCGCAUAUCUUGAAUUCCAGACCUCCACAAACCUUCCCCGAUCAAAAUUGAAAACCCUCAUUCGCCCCUCCUCAUCUCUAAAAAUCACCUGUGCCGUUCAUGGCCCAAAGCCUCUUCCUCGUUCCGCCCCAUUCUCCCCUAAUCUUCUUCUUUCUACACACGUAAAAUUUGCUCCGUUCGCCACCCGGCGAAGAAGGGGUUACAUACGUGAUGUUAACGAGAGAGAUCUUGGUGUUCACCUCGAGACGGCUCUAAAGGGAGUUAUCAUAGGCGAAAGGUGGCCAAAAAGUGGGCUCGACAUCACGGUGACGAUAUUAGAGGGGGAAGACGACCGAUGGUGGGGUGAUGAUUUAUCCUCCAGUCCAUUGGGCGGGAUAGAUGGAUGGGGCUUGAUGAAUGUUCUUGCCGGCUGUAUUACUGUUGCCUCAGCAGCAAUUGUUGAUGCACGGAUUGAUUGCGUGGAUCUCAUUACUGGUGGAGUUGCUGCUUUUGUUGAAAAUCCACACAUCGAAGUUUCUGGAGAACCAGAAGAGACAAACGAAAAGGGUCGCGAUCGACGAUUAGUACUAGAUCCAGAUCCGUCCGAACACCAGGCAAUCGCAGCUGCCUGUGUUGUGGGAUAUAUGUCAUCCCGCGACGAGAUUACGGAACUAUGGCUCAAGGGAGAUACUUCGGAUUUUCAAGGCGGAUCGCAAAAGGGAUCUCUCGGCCACGAAGCUUUGAUAGAUGGAGCUGUCAACGCCGCUCGAGGGACACAAGCCGUCCUUAUGGAAGCUUCCAGAGAAUCAGCAGAGCGUUUUGCUAUGCACGCAGGAAAGCAAUUUGCUCCCUCCACAGCAGAUACGGAAGGUCUUGAAAUACGAAUAUAA